AUGCUUUCACCGCUCCUCUAUCCAUCUCCCCAUAAGAUCCGCACUCACGACAUACUCCCCGCCUCCGGGAGAUCUAUCCUUAAACCUUUCAUCCGAGGUGUUCAACACCUUCCAGCCGAUGUCGAAAAACGAGAAGAAGUUAGAGAAGCUUUCCAAUGGAGUUGGACGGCAUACGAACGACACGCCUGGGGAGCCGACGAGUUUCAUCCUUUAUCCCAAACAGGUUCAAACCUCACUCGAGCGGGUGGAAUAGGGUUCACCAUUGUUGAUUCCUUGGACAGUUUGUUGGUGAUGGGGUUCGAAGAGGAAUACAAGAGGGCUGCCAAGUGGGUUAAAGAGGAUUUGAGUUUCGAUAAGAAUUCAGAGUUCAAUACUUUUGAGACUACUAUUCGUAUCCUCGGUGGACUCCUAUCAGCUCAUUAUCUCACCUCGAUACAUUCAAACCCUACCAUUCAAUCUGACGCUCCUAUGUACCUCGAACGCGCUGUUGAUCUUGCCGAUAGACUUCUGGGAGCGUUCAGCACAUCUUCCGGUAUACCAUUGUCAAGUAUCAACCUGGCCACUCGGCAGGGUAUACCAGAUAGGGCGAAUAAUGGUUGGGCAAGUCUAGCAGAGGCGGCCAGUUUGCAAUUGGAAUUGAAGUAUCUCAGUCAUCUGACGGGAGAUCAUGUGUAUUGGAAGAAAGCCGAGAAGGUGACAGAAGUCAUAAGGGCUGCUUCGAUGCAUGAUGGUAUCGCUCCUAUCUUCAUAUCGCCUGCGACUGGUCAAUUCGUAGCUAGUGAGAUCCGUCUGGGGUCGAGGGGAGAUUCGUACUACGAGUAUUUGAUCAAACAGUACCUGCAAACGGACCGACAAGAGCCAGUGUACAGAGAUAUGUAUGACGAAGCCAUGUCAGGAAUUAAAACACAUCUCAUGGGCACUACACCGUAUGGGAUGGUGGUACAUACUCAAGAGCUCAUGCCGCAAAGGGAUCCUGAUACUGGAGGACCAGCUUGGAAGAUUGUCCCCAAACAAGACCAUCUGGUCUGCUUCUUGGGCGGUUCUUUCCUUCUAGGCGUGACGGAAGGUGGUCGGAGGGAGUUGAAUGAGGAGACUCUGGUCAUGCCGAGAGAUUUGGAGGAUGUGGCCGUUGGGACUGGAAUCAUUGAGGGAUGUAUGAAGACACAUGAGACAGCAACUGGUUUAGCUCCUGAAAUCGCCAUGUUCGUGGAGAAAUCAGACCCAAGAGCGAAAGAGAUAGAUUGGUAUAUCAAGCCUAAUCAAAACGGCAUUCUCAUUGACGGUCGAAACAUCCUCCGACCGGAAACUGUCGAAUCUUUGUUCUUGGCUUACCGUCUGACGGGCGAGGAAAAGUACAGAGAGUAUGGCUGGUCAAUCUUUCAAGCGUUCCAAAGGUACUGUAGAGUGAAGAAGGGAGGUUAUGCCGGAGUGGAGGACGUCCAGGCUAUGCCUCCGAAGCAAUUGGAUAAAAUGGAGACAUUUUGGCUAGGGGAGACUUUGAAAUAUCUGUAUCUAUUAUUUGACGACUCUGAUCAUAUCCCAUUGGACCGACAUGUGUUCAACACUGAAGCACACAUCUUUCCUGUAUUUCAACCAGAGAUCAUGACGGCUUUUGCAACGUCCUAG